AUGGGAAGCCUCGGGUCAUCCAUCGACGAGCAAGUUAUUGACGACCAAAUCCAAGCUCGCCUCCAACUGUUCAGCGAAUCUCCCUGUGGCCGAGAGAAUGACAUACCCUUCUUUGUCGCCAACACGACCAAAGUCGUUCAACAGCAUCAAAGAUGGACACAUGCAUUGCCACACAUUCAUCCUUUCUACGCGGUAAAAUGCAAUCCAGACAAAAGGCUCUUGCAAUUGCUAGCUGACAUGGGCGUCAACUUUGACUGUGCCUCUCUUGCGGAGAUUGAGCAGGUGCUGGAAAUGGGAGUUGAUCCAUCUCGUAUCAUCUUCGCUCAUCCUUGCAAAGCACCAUCCGCGCUAGACAUAGCUGCGCGACGAGGAGUCAGGCGGACUACCUUUGACAACGCCGAUGAGCUAGACAAGAUCCAGAGAAUUAGUCCCGGGAUGGAACUGCUGCUGCGAAUCUAUGUACAAGAUCAUGGCGCCAAGGUCGCUCUGGGCACUAAAUUCGGGGCUCCGAUGGAAGUUACACAAGCAUUGCUCGAAAAGGCUCGUCGAGCUGGACUGAAGAUUAUUGGGGUUAGCUUUCAUAUCGGCUCUGGAGCAUCAGACCCCAAUGCUUUCGUCACGGCGGUCCAAGACGCCAAGAGAGUCUUUGAAGAUGGCAAAGCAUUGGGUUUUAACAUGCACAUGCUUGACAUCGGGGGCGGGUUCGAGGACAGCAAUUUUGAGACCAUGGCAUAUCCCCUGCGCAAGGCGAUUAUCCGUGAGUUUCCAAGUUCAGUUACGUUGAUCGCUGAACCGGGGCGAUUUUACGCCAGCGGGUUCUAUACAAUGGUCUGCCAAGUUAUCGCGCGUCGAACACAGGCAGGCACGAUGAAUUCCACGCUACCAGAUAUGUUGUAUCUAAACGAUGGUCUAUACGGAUGCUUUAGCAUGGGCUGGAGUGAAAACGGGAUCUUUGUGCCGACUUUGGUUGUUCCAAGAGGCAAAUCUAGCACGGUAUCGCGCGAGUGGACGCCCCAUAGAUAUUCCAUCUGGGGGCCAACAUGUGAUAGUAUUGAUUGCAUCUCGAAGGAGGUGGUCAUGGACCAGGAGGUAAAGGUAGGGGACUGGCUGAAAUUCCAGGAUAUGGGAGGUAAGCCGUUCCAUUCACCUCCAGAUUUCUGGAGAUCAGAUUGCCUGCUUGAUGGAGAGAUUAUAUUCGAGCUAAUACUUCAUCUAAUAGCGUACACCAUCUCUGCGUCCUCUCGCUUCAAUGGGUUUCCCAAUACCUAUGCAAUCAUUCUUCUUGAGUAA